GCUCUCAAUCGUACCCAGCACGAACUCCAUCAUGCAUAUCGAACUCACGCGCGCCGUGUACGUCUGGGGACGAGCUGCCGAGCUGAUCAAUCCGACCAAUGUUCCAAAUCGGGCUGCGUUCUUCUCGUUCCUCCUCAACCCGCGCCCUGGCGCGCCCUGUCAAGAGAUCCCCAUGCAUGCGCAGUCAGUCGGUCGACCAAUUGGAGCUGUUUCUGCCAUGAACCCCUUCAAUCGGAUUUACUUUGAAGCCGAUCGAGACAACCUGUCCAAUCCUACCUGCGCCAACCAGCUUCGAGCCUUCUUGAAAGAGUGCCAUCGGCACGGAAUCGCUGUCGAGUUUCUGGACGGACAGCCCAAAUGGCUGAGCUCAGAGCAGUCGAUUCUGGCGCCGUCAGAGCUCGUUGCGGAAGUGCUCGCAUUCAACGCUGCGGCGGCCGAUCCAACAGAAAUGUUUGAUGGUAUUCAUCUCGAUAUUGAGCCGCAUUGUCUCGGCGCGGACGUGUGGCUGGCAACGCCACAGAGUCCACCCGCCGACAUUGACGCCAAGCACGAUCCAGCUUGGCUGCUGCUCACAAGCGCGCGGCAGAAGACGGACUUUGCCAAACUCGGCAUCCGCGACGGAAGGCGGUACAACAACCAUGUCAAGCGCCGGUUGCUCGCCAUUUUGAUUGACGCACGCCGUCAAAUGGCACAGAAGCGCUCGGCCAUGACGCUGAGUGUCGAUCUCGGGCCAGAUUACUACUACAAUGUGGGAGAUUUGUGGCUCGCGCUGAAUGCGAGCCUUCCCGUCAUUGAGAAGCCAUCAGCCGCAUCUGGACAAGGACUGCUGCUCGAUGCAAUCACAAUCAUGAACUACUACGCGUCGACAGACGGGUUUCUGAAUGGUGAUUGCGAGCACAUUGGCGGCCUGCACAACAACUUGCGAUUGCUGCCGACGCCGGGAUGCAACUUGGUUUUCGCGGCGGAGACCAUCCAGCCACCCCGAGCUCCAGAGGAAUGCACGUUCUGGAACAAGGGCUUUGCCGCCUUGGCACAAACCUUGGACGCAGCUGUGGCUGCUGGGUAUGCGGCCGAGCGCUUUGCUGGUGUGGCAGUGCAUCACUACGACUCGUUCGUUCUGCUCAAACCUUGAACGACCUGUGCAGUGUGCAGUGUGCAGUGUGCAGAAUGCUUGUUUUGUUGUGUCGCAGUGUAACUGGCGUUGGCGGUAGUGUUGCUUGUUUGGCUGUUCCGUUCAUGCUGUCCUGUACGUGUUUGGCUGUGGGAGUAGUGCUGAAAUUGGCCAAAUCCAAAUUCGACUCGUUCACUCUUUUCCUUUUAGUUGUUCUCGUUCUGAUUCUUCUUUUGCAGCUCUUUCGUAUCUUCCUUCGUUGAACGCUUUCUUUCUUUCCAAAUGACUCACAUCACAGCUGACGAGCAGACGACGACGACGACGACGACGACUUGCGACGCGGUGGCAGCUGCACCUCCUGCGGCCGUUCGCGAGGCUGACGCUGCUGCCGCUGAUGCUGCUCGUGUCGCCACUGAGACCACCUCUGGCGUUCCCACCACGCUCGACACCAUGGAUACUGCUGCUUCUUAUGUUUCUGAUGUCACCUCCGAAGCUCCCUCCUCGCUCGAGACGGACAGCGAGUUUGGCGAGAGUCUCGCGUCGUCGUCGCUCCUCUACUCUGAGCGCGACGCGUCGUCCGCCUCGUACGCAGUGACGCUGCACCUGGCACGCGCAAGCUUCCGCCCUGGCGAGGCCCUGCGCGUCGGCGUGGAGUUCCAGCGCACCAGCGACGUCCGCGACUGGGCGGCUCAGGACGCGCAGCAGCAGCAGCGAGGCGGUUUUCCGAGCGCGAUGGGCAUUGGCUGCGCGAUGACGCAAGCAUCGCCGACCGCACCCUCCUCGAAGACUGGCCGCGUGGUCCUCUCGUCAUUGCCGGACAACAAGAAGAUUGCCGAAAAGAUCGUCCUGUGCAGCGCAGGCGACGACAUGGGCUACGCCGACUUCCCGGAGAACAGCGUGCCGACCGUGAGCGGCUGGUGCCAACUCGAGUCUUACGGCCUGGCCUCUGCAAGCGUGCCGUGCGCCAAGGAAGUCGUCCUGUUCCUGGAGAAUGGCGAUCCGGAUCAUCUCGAGAGGAUUGACAAGUUCCUGGGCGACUACCGCGGAGUUGGCGCACUCGGCGCGGGUGAGGACGACGAGGACGAGUACGUGCUGCCCGUCACGCUUGAAUUGGACGCCGAGCAGCAAGCAGACUUGGUUGCCCAAGUCAAGUUGGGCGAAAGGCGUGUGAACGAUGUGAUUGAAUGCUCCAAGAAGGUGAUUGAGCAGCUGGCUUCUCGGGCCGCUGCUGCCGAUGCCGCCGCCGCUACCACGCAGCAGGCUGCUGCUCAGGCUGGAGCUGACGAUGUGUCUCAGCAAUCCGUGGAACGUCUCCAGGCCGAGAACCUUGCGCUGAAGCGUGCCAAUCAGGUGCUGGUCCAGCAAGUCAGCCUCGAAAGCGACGCCAUCAAGAAUGCAGUGACGCUCAAGCACGAGAACGAUGUGCUCACCGAGAGGCUUGCUCAGUUUGCAAUUUUGCAACAGGCUCACGACGACAUUCAGCUGCGCAAUCUGUUGCUCCAGCAGGAAGUCCGGCGCUACGAGUUGUCCCAUGAAGACCUCAAGUCGCGCCUUGACGACGCGGACAGGGACGUCCAGGCCAUGAAGGCCAAGGUGGGGACACUGACGCAAGAGUGGCGCGCUGCGAGCGACGAACUGACCCAGUCGGAGCGUGAGACCAAGCACGCCAAGGACGAAUUGACGCAGCUCAAGCUGGACGCAGCCCAGGCCAAGCAGGAGCAGCUCGACAUGCUCGGCCGUCACCAGAUGGAGUUGCAGCAGCUCAAGCAGGAUGUGGCACAGCACAAGCAGGAAGCGGCACAGCACAAGCAGGACAACCUCGACUUACUCAGCCGUCACCAGGUGGCAUUGACCAAGUCGGAGCGCGAGACCAAGCUGUUCAAGGACGAACUGACGCACCACAAGCAGGAUGCAGCACAGGCCAAGCAAGACCGGCUCGUCAUGCUCAGCCGUCACCAGGCGGAGCUGCAACAGCUCAAGCAGGAUACGGCUCUGGCCAAGCAGGAGCAGCUCGACAUGCUCAGCCGUCACCAGGUGGAGCUGCAGCAGGCAGUCUCUCGUCAGCAAGGCGCGGAGGCGCGCGCAGUUGCUGCUCUUGAAGGCGAGGCCGCGCUGCGUGCCACUCUCGAGAAGGAGCGCCACGAACGUGCAUCGCUGCCAUUGGCAAAGGAAGUCGAACUCUCCCAAACGAUUGCGGAGCUGCGGAAGGAUUUGGCGACUCGCGCUAACAGUGCUGCGGCGCUGGAGGCACGAUGCAUGGCCUUGCAGGAAUCGUCCGACAAGAUGGCAGGGUAUGCUCGCCAGUUUGAGCAGGAGGCGACAGCGUCGCGCGCGCUGAUCACGACGCUCGAAGAUGACAUGGGGUCUCGCCACGCCCGUAUUGCCGAGCUCACAGUCCAUCUGGAAGAGUCUGAACGCAAGCAUCUUGUGCGCAUCGAGCAGCUCGAGCAGGCCAACAGCAACCUCGAGGCGGCGCUCGCGCUAGAGCAAGCUCGCAAGUUCAGCAACCCAGACAUUGAAGAUAUCAAGAAUCUUCUUGGUACCACCAGUGCCGAAGCCGCCCAGUACUUGCAACGUUUUAACGGCGAUCUCGUCGCGACGCGCACGGCGAUUGCAAGGGAGAAGUUUGGCCAUUUGUGAGGCGGCAACUGGAGUUUGCAUGUACAUUUGCUGUAUCUACUAGAGAGUGUUAAUACAAAAACAAAACAAUACAGAUCGGA